UCUCGACCUAGGCUUUCUCUUACAUUCUUCUGACGAGUUCUAUCAAUUAGCGUGAUUUGUUCUUGAUAGAUUGUUUGGCAGCGACGAAGAUGGGGGACAAGGCGGGAAAGGAUUUUUCACUUCCGAAAUCAAAAGGGAAAACUUCUCUCAAAUCUUCUGUGUCAGCCAAUGGAAAAGAUAGUAGCUCAGCUAAGUCGAAGUCUGGCAGGAAAGUGCAGUUUGAUUCAGAAGAUUCAUCGGAAAUCAGGCUUAAUACACCCACUAAAUCUGGUGGAAAGUUUGAUACAUCAAAUGGUGAUUCUGGGAAAGGGGGAAAGGGUGUCAAGACCCCUGCAGCAAAGCAACCUUUGGAGCUUAACAUUGAAAAAGAAAUUCCAGAGAAUGCCCAGUGUUUGAUGGAUUGUGAAGCAGCAGAUACUGUACAGGGAAUUCAGGAACAGAUGGUGAUCUUAUCUGAAGAUCCAACAAUUAAACUCCCUAUAUAUUUUGACAAAGGGUUACAGUAUGCCAAGCGUAAUGACCACUAUAAAACCCCUCAGGCUGCCAGACUAGCUCUCGAGCCACUAAAGAAGCACGGUGUUAGUGAUGGGGAGAUUUGCUUGAUUGGUAACCUAUGCCUAGAAUCAAUUGAGGAAGUAUUUGCUCUAGUCCCAUCUUUAAAGAAGAAGAAGAACAAAUUGAAGGAACCUCUUACAAAAGCAUUAAGUGAUCUAGCUAGCUGUAAAAACGCAACAUCCGAGGUCUCGGAAUGAUAGUUGGUUGUCUCUCCUUCAUUUUGAGUUUAGUGAUCUUGCAAACAUGAAGUUAACCCAGGAAAUGAAGUCUGUAAAGCAGGUCUUAGACAUGGUAAAAUCCUAACCCCCAGAAUUAUGCUGUUGAAUGAUUUUGUGACUGUUUUUCUUGUAACUUGUAAGGCUUUUGUUGUGGUGAAAUUGUUUAGUAAUAUGCAUUAUUUGGUAUGCCAUCAUACAAGUUUUUACUUAAACUACAAAUUAUGCCAUGGAUAGCUUUAAUGAAGUUUCAGUUAUAAUUUAAGCGAUUUGGAUU